AUGUCACAAAUGACCACCAUGAUCACCAACUACAACAACAACAAACAUCAUCACAUCUUCAACGGAAAGAUCUUUCUUAGAUUGGUGCAAACGGCAAGAUCACUCAAGCAGACAGAGGAGAUGUGUCAAAACUACGAAACCUUUGGUGACUUCACCCUCGACUUAACAGCUGCUCUCAAAUCCUUCCAGGAACUCGAUUUCACCAAAGCUCCUGGCAAGCCAGUAUUACAGCCGAAAUCAUCCAACCGUUAUACCUGUCUCGAAUGGACGCCACCGACCGAUGGGGGCGCUGUUGCCUCUUACUCUGUGGAGUACAUAAAGCUCGACACCAAACAGACGACAGACGAAGGUAUAGAAAGACCGACCAGCCUACCGCUCAACAACGCUAGCGACGACCUAGAUGAAUCCGAGAAUGACGAAGAUUGGACCACGAUUUCGGGACUGACGGAAUGUCGGUAUGAACAAAGCAAUCUUGAGAUGAAUUCUUCGUAUAAAAUUCGGGUGAAGGCUGUUAAUCCUGCGGGGACGAAAUCAAGCGAGUGUAUACUUUUGAAAACACCGCCAGCUCCAGUGCUGCCUUUCAAGUGGAUCCAGUGCCAAUCCAGCGUUGCUCAUACAUCAUCAAAGGUUCGAAAGGACGGCCAGGAGGUCCUCGUCUCACCAACAUCAACAUUGUUCUCCUCGAACUCCAGCUCGUUCCCGACCUCGCCCAUCGCUCUCGAACCCGUCCACACUGGGAGACAAGAAGCUGACGACGGGGAAACACUACUGGGAAGUCCAAGUUGA